AUGGGGCGUCUCCAACUCGUUAUCACCGCAGCAUUGGCUCUGGCAGUCAAGAGUGCGAGUGCUUUCACUAUCGGCUCAGCUCCGGGUUUAGCUGCUGGUACAACCGGUGGGGCCAAAGGUACCGUCGUGUAUCCGAAAACAAACAAGGAAUUGGUCGACUAUCUGAACGCGUCAGAGCCACUCGUCGUGGUGCUGAACAAGACUUUCGACUUUCGCGGUACUGAGGGCAAGACAACCGAGAUCGGCUGCCGUCCACAGAGCGCUCGCGAAUGCAUCGCUGCCAAUAAUGGGUUUAAGAGCCAAGACGUGAUUCUCAAGAACGGCAUGAACAACACCGGUGGUUGUGAGAACGGCACGGAGACCACAGUGACGUACGACAACGCUUAUCGGUGGCGUAUGAACGUCACCAGCCACAAGACUAUUCGUGGUAUUGGUAGACGCGGAGUUAUCAUGGGCAAGGGCAUUUCACUCAAAGGCGACAAUAUCAUCGUUCAAAACAUCCACAUCACCGAGCUGAACCGUCAUCUCGUCUGGGGUGGCGAUGCGCUCUACAUGGAAGGAACAGUCAACGGCACCAAGACGAUGAACAAUAUUUGGAUUGACCACGUGAAGAUUUCCCGUGUGGGGCGUCAAAUGCUCGUCACGAACAAGGCUGGCGUCGCCACCAUGACGGUAAGUAACUCGGACUUUGACGGAGAAACCGACUACUCGGCCACUUGCAAUGGACGCCACUACUGGACCAUAUUGCUCUACGGCAAGAAAACGGGCGUCAGUUUGCUCAGCAACUACGUCCAUUCAACUUCGGGCCGAUCUCCGAAGGUUGGCGACAAAAACUCUUCCGUUAUCGCACAUGUCGCCAACAACUACUGGGAUAACCUCUCCAACCACUCUUUCGAGCUCGAUGGCAACGCGUUGAUGCUUGCCGAGGGAAACUACUUUAAUAAUGUGGAGAACCCUCUAUACAAAAAAGGAGAAGGAAUACCCUCGUAA